GGCCUAUAGUCUCUGCCCUGGCCAGACCGCAAAUCCCGGGCCGAGCCACGCGGUCUCUCCGGCCGGGCUGGCCGGCCUCGAUGGCUACCUGGAGGCGGGACGGCCGGCUGACUGGCAGCCAGCGGCUGCUAUGCGCCGGCCUGGCCGGGGCGCUCAGCCUCAGCCUCACCGCGCCCCUGGACCUCGCCACCGUGCUGGCCCAGGUCGGCGGCGCGCGAGGCCAGGCCCGGGGCCCGUGGGCCGCAGCGCUCGGGGUGUUGCGGGCCGAGGGGCCCCGGGCCCUGUGGAAGGGGAACGCGGUGGCCUGCCUGCGCCUCUUCCCCUGCAGCGCCGUACAGCUUGCCGCCUACCGCAAGUUUGUUGUGCUGUUCACAGACGACCUGGGCCGUAUUUCCCAGUGGCACUCCAUUGUGGCUGGGAGUCUCGCAGGCAUGGUUUCCACCAUUGUGACAUAUCCUACGGACCUCAUCAAAACCCGGCUGAUUGUGCAGAACAUGCUCGAGCCAUCUUACAGGGGGCUCCUCCAGGCUUUUUCUACCAUUUAUCAACAGGAAGGGUUCCUGGCCCUUUAUCGAGGGGUGUCCCUCACUGUUUUAGGUGCUCUCCCCUUCUCUGCUGGUUCCCUGCUGGUUUACAUGAACCUGGAGAAAAUAUGGAAUGGACCCCGAGAGCGGUUCUCCCUCCUGCAGAACUUUGCCAAUGUGUGCCUGGCUGCUGCUGUGACCCAGACCCUCUCCUUUCCCUUUGACACUGUGAAGAGAAAAAUGCAGAGGCCUUUUAUACCUGAAUUUGCUACAUCAGAUGCCUGUUGGAACUUGCAAGUGACCUGGAAAGGAGAAUGGGAAAACCCAGAGAACACAUCCUCAUCCCUUAAAGAACAAGACUUGAAAUGCUUUCUGAGCCAUCAUAGCUUUUGAAAGCAUUCUGGAGAACUGAACUUUACAAUAUGUGAUUAGCAUUUAAAUAUGGAUAGCAGAAAGGAAUAAACUGAGCCAGUGGAGGCUGUGGCAGCUUGCAAGCUCCUCUUCUCCAAAGGAUGGAUGCCUUUUAAAAAUGCAGACCCAGUUUUCAGGGGAGCCUGAAAUCCAAAAUUUAUGUAAAAUCUCCCCCUUUUUCAGUGUUGCAAAUAAAAAUUGAGUACUGAUUGGGCUAAAUAAAGCAUGCCUUUUUAUGACCUGUACUGUAUUCAAGCCUCCAGUGCCAGUGAAAGGACUUUCCCCCUGCCCCUCCCCCAGCCCUGAAGAGUGCUCCUGUUUUACAUUCCAGUCACUGCGCCUUUGUUCCUGUGGCCAUCUCUGCCUCCAAAUGUCAAAUCUUGCUGGGCUCCUUAAAGGUUCAGCUGAGUUUGCCUCAUGCAGGCCAUCCCUCCAGAUCUACUGUAGCAUGAUUUAUUGCUUUGUUUGACAAGUGUGGCGGCUUUUUCCACCCCUAAAACAGCCAUCUUAUUGUGAUGGCUGAAAGCAGACAUUUGGCCUUUGUAUCACAGUGGGGCUGCCCCAGACCACUGCCAAGGGGUUUCUGGGGCGAGAGAAGCUAAUUAACAGCUGCUCUUUCCACAACUUGUAGAUGCUAGGCUUUCACUGACCCACCUCUGAGCCCAGCGGCAUGGUUCUUUUGUUCCAAGACCCUUGUGGAUGAAUGUCUCCUUUUACCGAUGCCAUUUGCCAGCCAGUGUCUGUCGCAUUUCUCUCCAUGCCUCCACCUUUUCCAUACUCAGCGCACAUGGCCCUCUUUUCCCUAUCAGAGCACCUCCUCAUAUCUUCUGUCACCUCCCCAAGCAGUAGUCUUCCCCCUUCUCCAUGUCCUUACCUCAGUCCUGCUGCAGGUUGAGCAUCCCUUAUCGAAAAAGCUGAAAUCUUUGGAAUGGAUUGAAGGUCAAAAAAAAAAAAAAGAAAAGAAAAAGAAAAAUCUGAAAUCUAAAAUGCCUCAAAAUCUGAAACUUUCUAAGCACCACAGUGAUACCAAAGGUGAGAAAUUCCACACCUGACCUUAGGUGAUGGGUGGCAGUCACAAUGCAGGCACACUUAAAAGCACUGCAUAAAAAGGAUUCUAUGCUAUGUAUGUAAAUUAUAUAGGAAACAUAAAUUACAUGUUUAGACUUGGGUCCCAUCCCCCAAGAUAUCUCAUUAUACACAUAUAGAUAUUCCAAAUUAAAAAAAAAAAACCCGAACACUUAAAGUUCCAAGCAUUUCAAAGGGAUCCUCAACUUGUAUAACUCUCUUAUGGUUCGUAUCACACACACACACACACACACACACAUAUGGAAUUGAAUUCAGGACCUUCACUUACCAGGCAGACACUUAUGCUGUAUCCCCGGCCUCUAUUAUACCUUUUUGACCCCUAUUAUAUCUUUUCGUGUCCCUUACUUUCUCUAAAUUGCAAGCAUUUUACCUAUGGGAAGUGUGUGUCACACAUUUGUAUAUCCCUACAACACUUAGUCUCACAUAGCAGGCACUGAAUACUCAUUUAAAAAUGAAUGAAGUGCAGGACAGCCUUGGGAAAUUUCAUGAUAAGCACAACAUUGAACCCUCACUGCUGCUGAGUGGGCCCUAGUCUGCGUGGUUAGAUGCUAUUGAAGCAGGAGGUAAGCACACCCAAGCCCGCCCCUCCCAGCCGAAGGAGACAUCUGCUUGUGCCCUGCCUAAAACUGCAUCUGUGCUGCAGUCCCCAAAUGCACAAUCUUCCAUGUCCAACUUUAGCAGUCAGGAUGUGCACAGCUCAGGGCAACAGCUGUAACCACUUCAAGCCAGCAGAUUAAGGACCUUCACGUUUUUGUUUACACUUCUUAGGGCCAGCCCACUGCUACGUUGUAUAGUAUCUGGAAGUGUUUGACAAAUCACAAAACUAUCUAAUUUAUAUUUUUAGUUGAUUGCUUUUACUACAUGUGACCAGGUCUAAAUGAAUGUGUGUAAAUCUGUUCUUGGGUAAACAUGAGGAAAAACUACAUUAGGAGCCGCAGUGACAGAAACAUCUGUUGCUGCAGGAUUAGGAAAUUGUAACCACGUAACCAGGCAUGGUAGUACACUCCUGGAAUCCCAGCACUCUGGAAGGCUAAGGCAAGGAAGAUUACAAGCUUUAGGCCAGCCUUAGCCAUUUAGCUAUUUAGGGAGACCUUGCAUCCAUAAAAACAUUUCAUAAAAAGGCUGAGGAUGUAUAGCGCAAUACAAAAGCCUUGGGUUCAUUCCUUAGUACCCCCCCAAAAAAAAAAUUGUAACUAUAGAACAGUAACUAUAGUAACCAUUUAUUGGUCAGGUAAUGUGUACAAGGCAGUUUCUUAACCCAUUCAAUCCUAUUGCUGCUGCAAAAUAAGUACCAAUGUUAUUUCUCUUUCACAGAGAAAAGUUAGUCACUUAGCCCUGCGUGGUGUAGCUUUGAUUUGAACCUGGGUCUCUCCUUCCUUAAACUCUUUUAUCCCCUCCAACAACAGAGGCUUGUUCCUGAAUAAGUAACUGGUUCACUAACUUUGCCCCAGGUGGGAGUAAAGCGGAAGUUGACCCUUGAGGGGUGGGAGCUGCAGCAUCGGUGCAAGAGGAGCUGAGAGAAAUAACAAUGUGCAUGCUCGAAACUGACAGGCUGCUUCCCAAUUCAUGAAGGACAUGGUCUUGCUGUGUCCUCACAAAAGCAAGGGUCCAGGCAGCUCCCUGGGGACUUAUAAGGCCACUACUCCCAUUCAUUUAAGACUCUGCUCUUGUGACCUAAUCAUCUCUCAGUGGCCCCACCCACUGAGACCAUCACAUCGGGUUGCAACUGCAAUGUAGAAGUUUGGGGAGACAGAAAUGUUUCAGACUAUAGCAAUCCUGGCUUUGGCCAGGGAACAGUUAACGCAAAUUAGAGGAGAAGAAAACAGGAAAACUGGGCCGUCCUGGGGCUCAAUUGAUAACAAGAGGCAGCCUUAUUGGCAGCUUUGACUUGAAGAUCGUGAUAGGAAAGGCAAGCCAUAGGCAUAGACUGCUCAGUGGCCACAGACUCUUUGACCAGCCACCAACUGACCACAGCCACUCUAAGGGUUGGGAAGAAGGCCAGAAUGGGAGUGGAGCAAGGACAGACGUCCAGGAGGGAAAGAGAAACUGCUUUCAUGGCCCCACUGGGAGAUAUGAUAGCUGAGUUGAGGGUUUCCGCCUAGCUCAGCCUCUCCUGGGUGGCAGAGCAUCUAGUCUCAGUAGGAAUGGAGCUAUUUUCCUAACAGAGCACGCUUACCUGCCCGGCAUGGCAAACAGUGGCGGGCGCUGAGUGAGACGACAAACUCACCUCUGUGGCGGUUUUGGUUUUUUGCUGUCAUCUUGCUUUGAGGGCUGGUCACUUGGAGGACUAACUUCUGCCUAGGUGAGCAGCACUGCCUUGGCACUUAGCAAAACAGAUGCUUUCCAAAUCCAGGUAGAUGUCUGACAUCCCUUAGGCAAGGUCACUUCUUAGGGCAUUGAGAUUAAAGUGAAUUGAAAGGAAACCGCUCCCCCUUUGUUUUUUGUUCAAAGGUGUACUGUGCCCUAAAUACUUUAGGGAUCGCAGUUGUUGAUCUCAGAAACAAGACUGUCCCUAGAGGGCAGGCCGAAGGGAGUAGGGAGGAGCUUUCCAAUUCCACUAAAGCUAAAAUCUUACUCUGCCCUUUUCUCCUGACCUGAGCUCACUUAUUCCCUUAAAGACAUAAAGAUCUGGGAGCCUGCAGCAACUCCAACUUACCAGUAACAGCUGCUAAGACAGGAUCUUCUACCCACCUUCCUCCCCCAGAGUGGGAGACAGGGAAACAGACAGGGAAAAGAGGUUCCAGGAAAUAGCUGUGGUCCACCAGGAAAGCCUAGAGCUACCUAUGAUCGUGCAUAUGACCCCUUGCUGCUGAGGGGCAAAUAUGGAGACUCCAGUUUGCUGACCUCCCCACUGGCCUACAACCAACACUGGAGUUCCCAUCUUUUCCCCACAUAACUGUCAGUGACUUGUUUUUGAUAGCUGUGUUCACCUUGAGUCUCUAAUGAGCCCACUAGCUCAGAGAGUCCUAGUACAAGCUUUGGAUCCCAGCCUGCCCCUUAGUUCUGCGUGAACUUUGGUCUGCACCUGAUCUUCCUCAUCUAAAACAUGUGGACGAGAGUUGCACCUAUCUCAUAUCUGUAGAAGAGACUGAAUUAGGUUAUUGCAAAUCCAGAACCAGGCAUGUAAUCAGUGCUAUUUUUAUUGUGCUGGGAGCAUCUCUUUAGAACCUGUGCAUAGCAUACAAAGCCUGGGUUAGAUCUAUAAAGCCAAUCCAAGUGUUUCUGCAUUCCCCUGAUUACUGUACACACAGAUGAGCCAGGAUCAUAAAACCUCAGUAGACCCUCGCACUCUAGAGCUAAUGAGCAGGGAUGGUAGGACAGUUAAUUAUUCUUCAUUUGGUGAGUUUAAUACACAUUUACUGAGAGGCCACCAUGCACAAAUCCUGCCUAAAUCUGUGUGUUCUCGGCCUUCUGAAAAUUCAUCUCCCAAAUCUUUUUCUUUACCCGUCCUGUAAUCUCACCCUUAGACAAGAUGACACUCUCAAAGUUGGCUUUUCUAAAACUUGAUCAGUGAUUGCUACUCAUGGAGUUCCCCAGCCUUGGCCUUACCUCAGCAUGUUCUGCUCACUUGCAUCUCAAUUGCCUUCCCUGGAUAUGCCCAGCUACAUGCUCUUGGCCUCCCCACCCCCUGCCCCGUGGCCACACAGGAACUCACUGUCUCUCCUGUCUCUGCCCAAGCAGAAUACUAACCUGCUGUCAUUUGCUGGCUUCCCCCACAGUGACCACAAGCAAUCCCAGUGGCCCAUCAUCCCCCUGGCCUGCUGCUGACAUGCUGAAAGGGCUCAGAUACACACAUGUUGGGAGCCACUGCCUACACACACUGUGUGAGUGUUCCACUAUAGAGCACAGCUUCCCAGCUGUAGGCAGUCCUGGCCAUGCCAAGAGGAAUAUAGGUAAUGUGGCCACUAAUGGGGCUGUUAUUCUCUUACAACAUAACAUCAUUUCAUUCAUGUGCAGAUAUAUCUGUAAUGUGAUUUCCUUAAAGUAGGACUGUUUUGGUCAAAGGCUGUGUGUUUUACCUCUUUAUAAAUACUGUUGAAUCAUUUUAGUACCUGUGGAAAGAAUAAUACCAAAACGACGCCUUUGUUGAAAGGCCCCUGUGAAGUUUAUAUCAGAAACUUUCAACUGCUUUGCUUUGAAGUAUUUAUUUUUCACUUUCUUCUUACGUAAGUUUGUUUCUUAUUUCCUUCAAUGUAUAUUAAGCCUCUCCUGUGUACCUGGCAUGUUGGUAGACUUUGAGGAUAAAACCAUGCUCAGACAGACAUUGUCACUGCCCUGAUGGGGUAGGAGGGUUUGCUGGCUGCCUGGAUUUGUUUACCUGCGCACCAUCCAGAGUAUGUGAAAAGCCCAUAAAACUGGGAAAUGAAUUUAUUCUGCGCUGAAAAUUCUAUAAUUCAUCAUCUUAGCCAAGUUGUUAGAGUAGCUACCCUGCCCCUCUCAGCACUCUGAAGUACUCUAGUGUAUGGACAGGGUAUAGCAAAAGUCAGGAAAUAGGUGUGUGUAGAUUUAGACAGGCGUGGCCCCACCAGAGGACCCAAUGUUGAACCCUCCUUAACUUCUACUUUGGUCAGGGGGAACCUGGAGAUAUAAGUUAUCUUUUUAAAAACAAUUCUAAUUUUUAAAGAUUCCAUCUAACCUCUUGAUUAUAGUGAUAUA